CAGAAAGACACAGACAAUUUGAAUUCAAUAUACAAUUUGACUUUUAAUAUCAUAUACACUUCCCCCAAAACAGAGUAUACCUCUCUAGGUCACCGUUAUUGUUUUGCUACCAACACGGAAAGUUAGUACGUAUUGAAUCCUCGAUCGACACACAUCGUUUCUCGACUCACGACACGACUUAAUUUAAACGUACCUGUGUGAUAAAGUAAAGUUCUGUGGUGUAUUUAAGUUGACUAACUUUCUCUACAGAUAUGAGCAUCUUUCACUUCAACGGGUUUCUCUUAGUGUGUUUCGUCGUGGCCACAGUACCGGAUGUUCUGGUGCUGGGUUCACCGGGAGUCAUAUUCCCCGAGAGUAUAGGGUUUCCAAAUCCGUCUUCGGCGAAGUGCUUUUACAACAAAGCUCGUUUCCUACUGGUAGCGAGAUGCUCCGGCCUGAAAUUAAAAGAAAUCCCGUUAAAUUUAAAGCCGGACAUACAGGUACUGGAUUUUACCAACAAUGGAGUGCGGACACUGGAGAACGACAGUCUGUAUCCUUACAAGAAACUGGUCUACAUCUAUCUAGGUGACAAUAAGAUCCGUAAAAUUGAUGAGGCAGCCUUCGCCAAUCAACAUUACCUGGAGGUGCUGGAACUCGCGACAAACCGUAUCCGCGCACUACCCGAAAGUCUUUUUCAAAUGCCGAAUCUUCACACGCUAUACCUCAACGAUAAUCUCCUUACAAAUUCCGCAUUUAAGAUGAAGGUCACUUCACCCAUAAGACUGCUGCAGCUGGACAGGAACGAGUUAACCAUGAUCCCGAAGAUAGGCGUCCAGCCGACUCUUCUUGAACUGAACGUGUCUAACAACAAUAUCACCUCGAUUAGCACCGAGGAUCUAGCGCCGUUCUGCUCGCUGAAGGUGCUCGAUCUGAGCAGGAAUAACAUCAGUUUUAACACGGACAGUUGCGAUUGUCAGAGAUUCAUCGCCUGGGUGAAGCUGCGGCAGAUCAAGAUAAAGCCUCACAAUUUUUACAAUUGCCCCAAAACACCGGCAACACUGAAUGAGGACUGCGCCAACGUGAGAUUCAGCGAUAGGACGAACGAGCUGUUCGACGAGUGCUUGGCCAUUAUACAGCAUGAGGUGGAGACCGAGAAUGCUCGAUUAUUUUGGAUGUACGUCGUUUCGUGUAUUUCGAUGUUCCACUUCUUGUUGUUCGUAGGAUUGUUUUGCGUGCACAAGCAGAAAAAGCAGCUGACGGCAAAUGACGACAACAUCGAGAUGCGUCAACAGGAACCUGCCAAUAAUUAACGAAAUAUUUGCCGAUAGAACGUAGAAUCUUGUAAGAAGGGUUGUUUCUGCCGAUGACAAUACGAGAAUAGAAUUUUACGCAAGAAAGGCGGAAUGAAAGUGAAAGAGCUCAGUCAGAAAUGAUCGGUCAAUUGGACGUCGAUUUAACGUCCAACGUAUUUUAUUUGAUAUUUCCGGAUUCUGGAUAAUAAUUAAUAACACUUUUGUUGAUCAUAACGUAAUUGUUUAAGAGACUAUAUAAUAUAUGUAUCUUAUUUUUUUACAGAAAUUUAUAAUAUACUUUUCAAAAAUGGCAAUCGUGCCAGGAGUAGCAUUCGAGCUAUAAUAAUAAUCUUACGUUAAAAAUAUUUAUUGAACAUUGCGCGAUUUGUAUUAAUGAUGAUCAGAUACAAACUUAAGCACGUAAAUAUAUAUUUGUUUGAAUUCUCUGUGAAUCCUUAGUCGAUAAAACUCUUUCAAUAAACACAAACAGUCCUCGCUCUUUCUUUCUGUUACUUAUAGCCAAAAUAUUGUUUAUUUCUCAAAUAACUAUGCUCAUACACUUUCUAUUAAUCUAUUAAUGAUGAUCAGAUACAAACUUAUGCAUGUAAAUAUAUAUAAGUAAAAUUUUACUUUUGCAUUGUCGACGACAGAAACAGUCCUUUUUUCUAAGAUAAAGAAAAAGCGAGAACUGUUUGUAUUUAUUAAAAGAGUUUGAUCGACUGAAAAUUCACAGAGAAUUUAAUCGAAGGUAUAUUUACGUGCCAAAUUUGUAUCUGAUCAUCAUUAAUACACAUCGCGCAAUGUAAAAUUAUUAUAAUAGCUUGAAUGCUGCUCUUGGCGCGAUUGCCAUUUUUUGGAAAAUAUAUUACACAUUUUUUAGAAAGAGUAUAUUAGACAUACAUUAAACAUUACUUAUACUAUCUGAAUAUAAGUAUAUUAAUCUUCGCGGAGCUGUCUUCUUUAUUGAUUACUUUCGUUAAAGCCUGUUUUCUCAUUUUUUACCAUUAACAGUAUUUAAGCAAUCUCCAACAAUAAAUACUAUUAAAAGUCCGACGUAUUUUCUUUGAUAUUUCCGAUAUCGAAUAAAAUAAAUUGGACGUUGAAUCUACGUAUUUUCAAACGAUUAAUUCUGAUUGAACUCUUACACUUUCAUUCCGCCAUCCACGCGUAAAAUUCUACACUUGCAUUGUAACGCCAGAAACAGCUUUUUUUACAGGAUUCUACGUUCUUCUAAAGAUACAUAUAUUAUAAAGCCUUUUGAACAUAGACCUUGUGAUCGACAAAAGCGUUAUUAAUUAUUAUCCAGAUAUAAAAGAAGACAAUUUAUAUUUU